AUGGCGUCUCCUACUACCCCCGCGAGCGCUACAACGAACACAAAUCUUCCUGCGGAUUCCAACCACAGACUCGAGUCCACAAACCAAGAGAGUCACACAAAAGCCAAGAUGUAUACAUCAUCAACAACGCCUGUCGCACUAUCCGUCCCAAGUUCAACUUCUAUCACCUCAAGCACUACUUUUACCGUCAUGUCAAUCAAAGCAAGAAGCACGGAUAGCAGCGAAGACAGCUCUGCAGACUUCACAGAUGAUGACGGUUUUGCCCAAGGCCACCCAAUCAAAGCCUUCAGUGGCCUGGAGUCAAAUAAUGUUGUUAAUGAGAAUGUUAAGAAGAGUGCAUCUUCUAUGAUCAGUGCAAAGGGUUGGUCUGGCUUGCUAGCUCUUAGUUUGGUGGUUGUAUUCCAAUGUCACUAA